GAGCGAGGAGGACGAGGAAGAGAGGAAGAGGUGGUUUAUGGAGGAGUUUUUCCCCUACCACAUGGCGCCUGUGCUUGCCCGCCUCAACGCCCGUCUGAGCGGCAGGGAGUGGUUCGUCGGAGAUCAGGUCACUUGGGCCGACUUCAUGAUCGCACACGCCUUCGGAGAGAUUCACAGCCACCACCCUGAGGCUUUCGAGGAAUACUCUGUCGUGACGGAACAUAUCGAAAAAGUCCGAGAACUCCCGGCCAUAAAGGACUGGAUUGAGAACCGACCUGAAACAACUCACUAACUGCCCGGGAGGUGUUCGAGAAAUUAUAUUCGGGAGACAAUCGAGGAAUCAUACCCAUCUUGGCAACCUUUUAUUCCACCCCUGUCCUUUGGUUAAUCUCUGUACCAGAACAGAUGGGCGGAGAGUAUGGAAGAUACGUUUGCACUUCGAAUGCCCAAUCCUGAGAUCCUCGACCGUAACGCACUUGUACUGGCACGCCGCUUUCCCUGUUUCUAUAAUGUGGUCUCCCUUUCCUUGAACUCAUUCGCCUGACCUCACCGGAUGUCGAAGAUGCCGAACACUAUGCCUCAUUUUUUUUAGCAUUUUUAAGCAGUUCCACAGGCAGAAAAAGUUAAAGAAAGCUUCUCAAGCAAUCCCACUUUGCUAAUCCAACUGAAAUAGCGGCUGACUUUUAAGACAUUAAGCAUAUCUUUGCUACCAAUGGGAUUACAAUAUUCUUAUGCUGAGUGGACUGAACUGUUUAGUGAGCAGAAAUUAAAUUGAGUAAAAUUCAUGAAAUGUCACUGAGAUUAUCAAAUACUUUCAUAACAGCGUAAAACUAACUUUUCUUUGCAGAAAAAAUAAACACUUCAGAUGUCUGAUUAGGUCAAUUUAAUGGCUGCACAAAAUAAAUGUAAACAAUUCGG